GUGGCUGAUAAAGGAAAAAGAGGGGGAGGGAAGUAAUUUGGGGAAAGAAAGGAACAAAGUUGUUGUAGGCUGUGAUACAUUUGCGGAAUGGAUUAAUGCUAGCCUACUUUUACGGUGAAUUUGGUUUGGCAACGGUCAGUACAGUUAAAGGCAGCAUGCGUUCUGUUCUGAAACUUAUCCGCUUAUUUUUGCAGUAAAAUUAUUUGAAAACGGAAUGAGAGCAAUAACGCAUUCUUGAAACAUCGAAUGCUUUAUGUUUUCGUUUGAUCCGGUUUUUGAUGAUCUCGUUUUUAUAUCAAUUUUCAAUAUCAUUUUUAUGUCAAAGUGAAUAGAAGAGUUUGGACACGCAACAUUUUAUACAGAAACUGACUUAUUUUCCUCCUUCCACUGGUCCCCACGAGCCCGACGAGAGUCAUUCUUCCAAAAGCUUUGCCCUGAUAAAUCGUGCGGAAAGGAACUUCACUGGACUACAUUUGGCUUUAAAAACACAAUUUCAAAGGGGAAUGCUUCUUUAUUAAAAGGACCCAAAUAAGAGCAUUUAAGUUUAUACUGGUGCCAGUUGCGUGGGAAACAAGAAAUAGCAGAAACAACUCAUCUUUACGUGACAGGCAACAAGUCUAACCUAAUUUAAUGGACCGUUCCUUCACACCGAAGACAUGCAGGUGUGGGGCUACCUAGUCUCAAACGAGACCGACAAAAACAACUUCAGCUUCAUGAAAGUGGCCUAAACAGUCAUUUUUAUCAGUAUUGUUCUUCAACAUUGCCAGAACAAUAGAAGUAGUCCACUACUAACUCGAUGGAUUCACAUGCGUUACCUUCUACCUGUCUGCCUGUAGUCUCCACAGCCAAGACACGAUGACUCUCAACACUGUUGUCCAAACAUGAUUAUAUCGUCAUGUGAUCCUCCAAAAAUGUCUUAAUCGUUUUAUUUAACGUCUGUUUUUUAUUUAUUGUAUAUGUACAUAUAGCCUACAUAGGUCUGUCUGCUGGUUGUUCUCAUUUGGGGGGUAUUUGUUUGUUUAGCGUAUAGAUUGCAAGGGUCGCUGUCAUUUCAACUACUGUAGUUCAACUGUACUGUAGACAUACUUGAGCAUUAAUGUAUUUCCAACUCACACACUGUAUUUAUUGAGUACAUUAACUUAUAACAUAGUGGUUCGUUAACAGCAUUUAAUUUGAUUAUUCCGAGUUUUAGACGACCAGGUUAGACAUUACAAUGGACCGACUUGGAAGUAAGUUAUUGGAGAAGUUAAAAUUGACUGACUCAGGGAGUGUGAAAUUCGCCAGUUCUAAAAAGAAAAACGAGUUGUUCAACAACACCAACAAUAACAGCAAUGGGAACACCAGUAGUGGACUACCACCAACCCUGAACACUGCAACCUCCUCACCAUCAACAACUGGCCAGUUCUCUCUCACCUCUCCAACCUCAACGGAGGCAUGCGGACCAGCCAGUGGCAGAGGUGGGAAUGGACUGGGAGAGAGAGUCUCCACUACCCAGCACCUCACCCCCUCUACAAACUCCAUUGCCCCCCAACCUGCUGACUGCGAACAUCAACCCUACUCCCUCUCGACUCUUGCCACCCUCCGGCGGCGGUCGCCCCAGCAGCGUGCCUCCUGCUACCUGGGGGAGGGCGUUGACAUCCAGAUGAGGCGUGAGUCAGGCCUGGGGGACUGUGACCCUGCUGGGUCCAAGGUCUCUCUGAACCAGCGCCGCUACUCUCUGGAGCUCCAGCAGCUGGUCCGACGCCAGCAGCUCCUCUCCCAGCCUCCUCUGUCCCACUCCUCUGGCCCCCCUCCGGCGUACCCCACCUCCUCCACCUCCUCGGGCUACGGCUCCGCUCCCCGUGGCGGCACAAUGGCCGAGCUGCACUACCUCCCCGAGCCGGAGCGCCACAAACGCCUCUCCCUCCAGGAGGCGCUGUUCUACAAGCGGCUGAGUACCGGAGGGGAACUCUGGGAGAGCACCAGGCCGGCCUCGCUCUCUCACCCCCCACACCGGCCCUCUGAGAUGGGUGGAGGUUUCUUCUUCCCCCCAGGCCCGGCACUGAGCCCCUGCUCGUCCUUCAGUCUCCAGGAGUCGGUGCUGGUCAGUCCCAGGUCCAGCUUUGCCUCCAGUACGGCCAGCGGUGGAGGAGGGGGAAGCCCCAUCAGCAGCCACUGUAGCAGCAACCGCACCAGCGGAAUCAGCCUGGGCUACGACACCCGCUACUCCGCCUCCUCCGCCAUGGCACCGCAGCUGCAGUUCUCCUCCCUGCACACAGGGGGCUCCACCAGCGGACAGGGAUACACAGUCUCAGGCAGGGCCGGGGCACCCUCUGGGUCUGGAGGCUGGAAGGACUACCUGGACGGGGUGUCCUCACCUGGAGGAACAGGGGUUCAGGACAGCCGGCAUUCGUACCCGCCUGCGGUGGGUAGCCCAGCAGCGGCCUGUUACCGGGCUGGGCCCGAGUGGUGGGAUGAGAGGGGAGCAGGAGCAGCCCGAGCGGAGGAGACUGGAGUGGGCGCUGGCGGGGAACGGGCACGCUACUCAGACCUCCCGGGGACCCGCUACCAAGAGGAACUGACGCGGCUGUUGCUAAGAGAUGCAGCACUGGAGGGGGAGGGGCUACACCUGGGCGGGCUGAUGCUCAAAGAACAUGCCAAUCCUCCAAUCAAGGCCCUCAGCAAGCCGGCGAUGCUCAUCAGCACAGCUACGGCUGCCGGACCAAUCAAAGCCCAGGAGGAGCCAGGAACGGGGAGGGAGGUGUCGUCUGAGAAUCGCCAGGAGUUCUUUGGUACAUGUGUGAAGUGUGGGAAAGGUGUUUAUGGAGCGGAUAAUGCUUGCCAGGCUCUGGACAGCCUCUAUCACACACGCUGCUUCACCUGUGUGUCCUGUGGUCGCACCCUGAGAAACAAGGAUUUCUACAACGUCAAUGGCUCUGUGUACUGUAAAGAGGAUUACAUGUUCUCAGGGUUCCAGGCUGCAGCAGAGAAAUGCAGUGUGUGUGGCCACCUUAUCCUGGAACAGAUCCUCCAGGCAAUGGGGAACUCGUACCACCCCGGUUGUUUCCGCUGUGUGGUGUGUUCCAAAGCCCUGGACGGAGUUCCCUUCACUGUCGACCACCUCAGCAACAUCUACUGUGUCUCGGACUACAACAGAACGUUCGCUCCUAAAUGUGCUGCCUGCUUACAACCCAUCUUACCUGCUGAGGGCAGCGAGGAGAUACUCAGGGUGAUGUCUAUGAACAACGAUUAUCACUUUGAGUGCUAUCACUGUGAGGAAUGUGGGAAGCAGCUCUCAGAUCAGCAGGGCUCCCAGUGCUUCCCUUUGGACUCUCAUCUCCUCUGCCACUCAUGUCACAUGACCUGGGUGUGUGCCUCAGAACAUUUCCCCUCACAACACAAUUGAGGAAGGAACUCUAUGCAUAAAACAUUCCCUUUCUUUCAACAUUCUCUUUUCUUUUUCACACUCAUACAAACUCUUUCUUUCUCCCUAUUGCACACCAAGAUAAUAUGGGUUUGCUCUGAUGUUCGAAUUUCCUUCUACUCAAGAGACAAGCUCACACAUGAAAAUACUGGUAUAAGAUGUAUCAUAUUUACGGUUUUGUUGCAGUGUUUGACAAGAUGGCACCAAUGUCUUAGAUCCAGGGUUGGGUAGGUUACUUUCUAAAUGUAAUCCGUUAGUAACUAGUUACCUGUCAAAUUGUAAUCAGUAACAUA